UGGCAGUCAGUUUACAUGAGUGUGGUUGUGUUUUGAACAGGUGCAAGAUGGCUUUUAACAGUUACGGGGAUGCGAGGUAUACCCUUAAAGAUUUGCUGGAAAUACCCGAGUUGCAACAUCAUCCUAUGUUAAAUAGACCAGCAGAAAAAAAGGGUGAGGUCUCACUGGGAUAUGGAAUAGCCUCUGCUUUUCUUGGACCCAAUUUAUGGAACAGUGCUAGUCAGGUGGGGGGAGGUGACAAUGGGGAGUUCAGCCUCCAGUACAUGGAUCUAGAUGAAUUUCUCUCAGAGAACGGCAUCCCCUCCACAGAAGUUAAAAAGAUUGACAAUCAGCCCUGUCAAGACCCCCCAGAGAGGAAGCGAGCUGUUUCACCCACAGAAGAUUUCAUUCAACUACAAACUACUGUCCCCAAAGUUCCAUCUCCACUUCCCCCUAAAAGGAGUGUGUCUCCAAAAGCCAGCCCUAGGUUUGAGGGCCUCCAUGAGCCCAGUCCACCCUACUAUAACAAUGAGGUCCUGAGAAGUCCAACCUCUCCUUACAAAUCAACAGAAAAUUCUCUUGGACAAAACAUACCACAUCAACAGCCUCAAGACAAGGACCCUACACCACAGGCACUCAUCAAUGACCGUGGGGACAGUUUGAGACAUCGAGGGGAGGUGGAUCAGACUAGCUCUAAUCGGUCUAGUCCUCCUGCGCGUAGUCCAGUGGCAGAUUAUGAAGUGAAUCCAAAUGACUUGGCUCUAGCAUCCAUUCCAGGACAAGAAAAUUUUGAUCCCAGGAAAUGUCAAUUUACAGAGGAAGAGUUGAAGCCCCAGCCCAUUAUCAAGAAAUCACGAAAGGUUUUUGUACCAGAAGAUUGUAAAGAUGAGAAGUAUUGGUCGAGACGGCUAAAAAACAAUGUAGCGGCCAAACGAUCACGAGAGGCUCGCCGUAUUAAAGAAAAUCAGAUUGCACUGAGGGCUGGGUAUCUAGAGAAAGAAAAUAAUGCACUCAAAGAUGAAGUCAAGAAGAUGAAGGAGGAAAAUACAAAAUUAUUAAAAAAGCUGUCUAAGUAUGAACAGGUGGGCAAGUAGUACCAUCAAUAUGGACAAUAUUUGUCAUACAAAGAAUUACCAUCAAUAUGGACAAUAUUUGUCAUACAAAGAAUUGAGGUGUCUCUUUGACAUCCCAAACACCCGCUAUAGUAUAUUGUUUCUGAGGAUUGUCCUUAACUGGUAUGGUUGAAAAAUCACUAUCUCAAAUAGUGUCAUGUUUACAUAGCUUUCUCACAUAUUCAUUCCAAGAAAAUAAUGUU